GCAUCCGUGUGGCAAGAUAACAACGGGUUGGUGUUGCUUUGUGGAGGCUCACACAUAAAAGUGGCUUCCUGAGAAAUAUGUGUUGGUUUUCAUCAUUUUCACCCUCCCAUGCUACUGAUCUCUCAUAAUCUAGUUAUUCAUUUAGCACAUGGAGGGGCUUUUGCUAGAGUGGAGCCACUUUGUAUGCAACAGAGAUACUCACGGGAGGAGGGGGAUUUCACAACACAGUGCUUACUAUCCUGAGUAAACCAAGCCAUUUUCAUCUUAGGCAGUGUCACAUCUGUCAUAAACUCAUGUGGUUUGAAAAGAAGGAAAAUCGACAGGAAAAAAAUCACCCCGGUUUUAUUGUUGUUUUCUCUUAUUGUGUAGUUUUAAAGUAUUCAUAACAAUGGACCAUUUUAUUUAGACCAUAGCAACUGCUGUUCAGCAAAGGCAGUGAACACUUUUUGUUUGCUAGUUUAAAAAGCAGUUCAACGAUUGGUGUGGUGUUUAUUAUGAAAUGAUGACAAAAGAGUUCUGGUGGUUUUAAUAGUUUUAGCUUAUGAGAGCUGUCAUUAAUUUUGUCUGUAGUGUUGCAGGUGAAAAAAUUCACAAUGGAUAAAUAGUCUAUAUUGGUUUAACUGAACAUAAUAUAUAGUGUGUUCUGGAGUUGUUUGUCUCAAUAGACUAUAGUAAUCAAAAGUAAUGAACCUAUUAUGUGCAGGACCUUGGAGAGCGUCGAAUGGCAGUAAAAGUGUGGCACAUAAAAGGUUUAUUAAAGGAAAUUAAAGUCCAUCAUUGCCACACCUGCUCCCCUAUUAUAAGUCUAUGGCAGGUCAGUGCCUUCAAUCACAACUCAGCCUCUGAGAGCAGAAAUGCGGCUCCCAUUACCAUUGCAGUCACACUGCAUCGGAGCUAGUGUCAGGAUUUAAGGAUGGGAGCAACUGAGCGCACCUUCUGCCUGCCUCUGAUUUUCAACAAGCAAAGCAACUUAUUUAUAUUUAAGAAUUCCUUCUGAUAAUGUGCAGAAGUGAAUUAAACUAAGAUAUGAUUCGCGGAUUCUAGUGAAAUUGAUGGGUGUAUCAAGGUCAGAGUCUGAAAACAACAGGCUUUUGAAGUCUUUGCAUCCCUUUGAUAAUUGAUUUGGUGACAUUUAAAAUAUUUAGUAAUGAUGUUUUGGAGAAUUUGAUACUGACACAUAUAUCACUCAAAUUUCACCUUCCUUAUACAUUUGAAUGAUUAUAACUGAUAUUUAUUCUGAAAUUCUGAGAGUAAACAUAUGUCAUUGUUGAUAAUCAAAAUUUCUAAUGGUAUUUUCUGGGGGCAUUUCAGGGAUUUGUCUUCAUGGUGCUUUUUUACACAAGGAAUCAUUUUUUUCCAAGCUUAGAAAGAGAUAUGUAUCAGGAAGAGUCUGGAAAUGUAAAAGGACUUAGGUUUUAGUAAAUUGAUCUGAAAUCUUUUGGUUUGACAUGUGAGGUUUCAUCUCCUUCACAGCCACUGUUAAUGAGAUGAGGCUUUUUCUAUCUUUGUAAUGCCAGAAGUGUUUGAGUCACUUCAAACACUUGUGGACAAGGACAUCUGCCCUCUUGUCACUGUUCUCUCUGGUUUCCAGCAACUGUAGAUGUAUUUCCAAAGCUGGUGGUAUGUGGGGGGAGUCACAGUUAUGUACUAUAGAGCUGGGCUGUGAGUCAAGAGCGUGGAAGGCUACUGUUUUUCAUAAUGACCUUCAGAACUUCUAAUUACAUGUUUUCAUAUUUUGGUCAAUGUCAAAGGAAUGACCUCAGGACUUUGUGUUCAUGUUAUAGAUGGAUGCAGAGGCUGAAGAUAAAACACUGCGUACUCGCUCUAAAGGAACCGAGGUGCCAAUGGAUUCGCUAAUCCAGGAGCUCAGUGUUGCCUAUGAUUGCUCCAUGGCAAAGAAGAGAAGAGCUGACGAUCAGGCUUUGGGGGUUCCAGUCAACAAAAGGAAAUCCCUGCUAAUGAAGCCCCGACACUACAGCCCAAACGCAGACUGCCAAGAAGACCGCAGUGACAGGACAGAGGACGAUGGCCCCUUGGAAACACAUGAUCACUCUACCGCAGAGGAAAUCAUGAUAAAACCUAUGGAUGAAAGUCUUCUUCCAACUGCACAAGAAAACUCCAAUAGGAAGGAAGACAGAUACUCUUGUUAUCAAGAGCUCGUGGUCAAGUCUUUAAUGCACUUGGGGAAAUUUGAAAAAAAUGUAUCUGUUCAGACUAUAAGUGAAAACUUAAAUGACAGUGGCAUCCAGUCGCUAAAAGCAGAGAGUGAUGAAGCAGACGAGUGCUUUCUGAUUCAUUCUGAUGAUGGAAGAGACAAGAUUGAUGAUUCUCAGCCACCCUUCUGCUCCUCUGAUGACAAUGAAAGUAACUCUGAAAGUGCAGAAAAUGGCUGGGACAGUGGCUCCAACUUCUCAGAAGAAACCAAACAACCUAGAGUCCCAAAGUAUGUUUUAACAGAUCAUAAAAAAGACCUAUUGGAAGUUCCCGAAAUAAAAACUGAAGGUGACAAAUUUAUCCCUUGUGAGAACAGGUGUGAUUCUGGAACAGAGAGGAAAGAUCCACAGAAUGCUCUCGCAGAACCCCCGGAUGGCAAUGCCCAGCCCUCAUUCCCUGACGUUGAGGAGGAAGAUAGCGAGAGCCUGGCAGUAAUGACAGAAGAGUGUAGUGACCUGGAAAAGGCCAAGGGGAACUUAAGUUUGCUGGAGCAGGCAAUUGCUCUGCAGGCUGAGCGAGGUUGUGUUUUCCAUAACACCUACAAAGAGCUGGAUAGGUUCCUGCUGGAGCACCUAGCAGGGGAAAGGAGGCAAACCAAAGUUAUCGACAUGGGUGGAAGACAAAUCUUUAACAAUAAACAUUCACCAAGGCCUGAAAAGAGGGAGACCAAGUGCCCGAUCCCUGGGUGUGAUGGCACGGGACAUGUGACGGGGCUCUACCCCCACCACCGCAGCCUUUCGGGGUGCCCCCACAAAGUGCGGGUUCCCCUGGAAAUUCUUGCCAUGCAUGAAAAUGUGCUCAAGUGUCCCACGCCAGGAUGCACAGGAAGGGGUCAUGUGAACAGCAACCGCAACACCCACAGGAGUCUUUCUGGUUGUCCAAUUGCUGCAGCUGAAAAAUUGGCAAUGUCCCAGGAUAAAAAUCAGCUUGAUUCUCCCCAAACUGGGCAGUGUCCUGACCAGGCCCACAGGACAAGCUUGGUGAAGCAAAUUGAAUUCAAUUUCCCGUCACAAGCCAUCACCUCUCCCAGAGCCACAAUGUCAAAAGAACAAGAGAAGUUUGGAAAAGCACCAUUUGAUUAUGCCAGUUUUGAUGCCCAAGUUUUUGGUAAACGCCCUCUCAUACAAACAGUGCAAGGACAAAAAACACCACCAUUUCCUGAAUCAAAGCAUUUUUCAAAUCCAGUGAAAUUUCCUAAUCGACUGCCUAGUGCAGGCGCCCACACCCAGAGCCCUGGCUGUGCCAGCUCUUAUAGCUACGGUCAAUGUAGUGAAGACACCCACAUAGCAGCAGCUGCUGCCAUCCUGAACCUUUCCACCCGCUGCAGGGAAGCCACAGACAUCCUCUCCAACAAGCCACAGAGUCUGCAUGCCAAGGGAGCCGAAAUAGAAGUGGAUGAAAAUGGCACAUUGGACUUAAGCAUGAAAAAAAAUCGAAUCCUGGACAAGUCUGCACCUCUAACUUCCUCUAACACUUCUAUUCCAACUCCUUCCUCUUCCCCAUUCAAAACAAGCAGCAUUCUGGUCAAUGCAGCAUUCUAUCAGGCUCUUUGUGACCGAGAGGGCUGGGACACUCCUAUCAACUAUAGCAAAACUCACGGGAAGACAGAGGAGGAGAAAGAGAAAGACCCAGUGAGCUGUCUAGAAAAUUUAGAGGAAAAAAAGUUUCCUGGAGAGGCCUCUAUACCAAGCCCUAAACCCAAACUUCAUGCAAGAGAUCUCAAAAAGGAGCUAAUCACCUGUCCAACACCAGGAUGUGAUGGAAGUGGCCACGUGACAGGAAACUAUGCAUCUCAUCGCAGUGUUUCUGGAUGUCCUUUAGCAGAUAAGACUCUAAAAUCCCUCAUGGCUGCCAACUCUCAGGAGCUUAAGUGUCCAACCCCAGGCUGCGAUGGCUCGGGGCACGUGACUGGAAACUAUGCUUCCCACAGAAGCUUGUCCGGAUGCCCUCGUGCAAGGAAAGGUGGUGUCAAAAUGACCCCUACCAAGGAAGAAAAAGAAGACCCUGAACUGAAAUGUCCUGUGAUAGGGUGUGAUGGCCAAGGUCACAUAUCAGGUAAAUACACAUCACACCGCACAGCUUCUGGCUGUCCUCUGGCUGCCAAGAGACAGAAGGAAAAUCCUCUUAACGGAGCCUCCCUCUCCUGGAAACUGAACAAGCAAGAGCUACCACAUUGUCCCUUGCCAGGCUGCAAUGGGCUGGGCCAUGUAAAUAAUGUUUUUGUCACCCACCGAAGCUUAUCUGGAUGUCCUCUCAAUGCACAAGCUAUCAAAAAGGGCAAGGUUUCUGAAGAACUCAUGACCAUCAAGCUCAAAGCAACUGGGGGAAUAGAGAGUGAUGAAGAAAUUAGGCAUUUGGAUGAAGAAAUAAAGGAACUGAAUGAAUCCAACCUUAAAAUUGAAGCAGAUAUGAUGAAACUUCAGACCCAGAUCACGUCUAUGGAGAGCAACUUAAAGACGAUAGAGGAGGAGAACAAACUCAUAGAACAGAACAAUGAAAGUCUGCUGAAAGAGCUGGCAGGUCUGAGCCAAGCUCUCAUUUCAAGCCUUGCCGACAUCCAGCUUCCACAGAUGGGACCUAUCAGUGAGCAGAAUUUUGAAGCAUAUGUAAAUACACUCACAGACAUGUACAGCAAUCUGGAACGGGACUAUUCCCCGGAAUGCAAAGCUCUACUGGAAAGUAUCAAACAGGCAGUGAAGGGUAUCCAUGUGUAGGAUCACAGCGCUGCUGGGCAACAGAAAUUACCAACAGCAGUAAACUCCAGAUGGAUCUGUUAGAGGUUCGUGUACUGCUAAGGCGUGGAGGUUGCCGUACUGCAUUUACAAUUUGCAACAUUGCACUAAUUUUGUUUUCCCCAGCUGAUAUAAAAAGGAAAGAAAAACUAUGAUAGACUUCUUGGAUUAAAAGCAAUGCAGUCAAUUAUUAGAUCUUAUUUAUUUUCAUAUGUUUUUCUUUUAUUUCUUCAUUGUACUCUUUUUUUGUAAAGUAUAUGUAAAAUAAAUGUGACAUUUUUAUAAUUUAUUUAUUACUAAUCAAAGAGUUUUUUAUCUUUUAACUGCAUUUUGAAGUCUGCCAUAUUUUUACAAGCGUGUUUAUUAAUUUAUUUUCCAAUAGGAUUUAAAUAGAAAUGCUAGUCUCAAGUCAUCUUUCUUGCUGGGUUUUAAUGAGGAAACAGGAGAGGGUGAAGGAAAUCCUUGUCUAAGGACUGCACUAUAGUUGUGUUUGAUUUUUAUUGCACACUUCUUCCCCCACCUUUCACUGGUUUUUGUAUUUAUAAAUGAGUUUGCGGUAAGGUGAGCUGCACGGAAGGAAUAAGAAGACAAAUGGCGCCCACUAGUGGGCAAUCCGCACUCACAAAAGCACAGGAUGCUGGAAAACAGCCUGCUCAGAAUUUGUUAGCAAUAAUUAAAUAUAGCAAUCAGCAAAGUAUUCGACUUGGCUGGACGGUUUUCGUUAAUAUGAAUUAUUUAUUUGAAAUGUUUUAAAGAAACAUAAGCUUUUUUAGUGAUGCAGAUUUGUCUGUUUGUUUUUCAAGUCAUAUCAGAUCGUUGGCAACUCGUAUCCCAAGAUGAAAAAUAAGACUUGGUGUGACCAGCCAGGCUUUCCUGCCAUAUGUUGGUACAAUAUACAAGUGACAAUAUUGGUGUAGAUUUGUACUUAGCAAAUACAAACACAUCCAAAUGAAAAAUUUUGUAGAUACCAUAUCCCCUGAAAUAGCAUUUAUCUUACUGGGUUGACUGGAAAGGAAUGGAAAAUAUAGUAAUACAUGAAAAAAUGCUACUCCAAUCUGAAUGAUUACUUCAAACACUGGCAACUUGGGUCUCACCCUCCAUAGGAAACAAGACAACAUUCAAUUUGAUAGAAAUCUUGCCAUAGAACUUCAAGUGCUACAAAACAUACACACACACACUCACACACACAGGCAUACUUACACACAGACACACACACACACAGAGACUCAUCCACACUUCAAAUUGAGCCCACAAUCUUGAAUUUCUGAAUGGAUCAGAGUUUCAUAGUUGCUAUAGUAAAGGCAAUGUCUAUUUCAGGGACUGUAAAGUAGUUAAGCAUUGUUUCAAAAGUUUUUUUAUAUUUAUUUUUUUUAAGGAAAAGGUAUAGACAACCAGCUAAACUGCCUUUUUGGUGUGCACACACAUUUCAUGUGCAGACGUGCCUCUGUGUAAAUGUACACAUGAACUUAGUGUGGGCUUAAUUUUCUGUGCUAUAAACAAAAGUGUUUAUUUUUUAUUAACCUCAUGGAUAUUUAGAUGGAAAGUGAUGGCAUUCACAGGCUUGAUAUAUUCCACUGUUAUUACUGUUACCUGCACAAAUGAAAAACAAUACUCAACAAUAAUUCCACUCCCAUGAAACUUUGGUCAUUGUUAUGCAUUCAGUGGGGCUUAUCUUUGGUUUGGAGUUCAUUUGAACUCUUGAAUCUUAGUUUAGUGAAGAUGAACUGUCUGUUCUUAGGUAGAAACGGUGUUUAUUUAAAAAUCAAUUUUAAAAAAUGAGCUACCAUAUGCACUGUCUAUUAUAAAUGGGACACCAAACAAAAUUUUCUAUUACAGUUAUGUACUUGCAAACAUUUUGCUAUACAGUACUUCAUAGAUGCAUACAAAUGAGCUCACUUAUUACAAAGACAAAUGUUUAAUUUGCUAAAUAUUUUAACAAGUUUGUUAUACAUUUUAUUUAAUUUAAAAGAAAUCUCUUACCAACCUACAUAUUUAUUACUAUAAUUUACUAUGACUUCAGGUUAAUUUAUUUGUGUUUGCAUAGUUUGAGCAGGAUGUUUUGUGAAGUAUGUUUGUAUUUAUUUGCCUACUUUGUACUUGAUGUGUUUUGUAACGUGCACUGAAUUUGUUUUCUUUUCAACUAUGUUAAUGAUCAAUACUGUAAAUUGGGUCUUUUGUAAACAACAAAAAGGCAAUGAUGUAUGCAUUUUUUUAAUUUGAGGUAGUUUGUUUGUAUACUGUUUCUCCGAACACUUAAUAUUUCUUACAUCAAAGCAACAAAAUUGUGUUCAGUGCUGUACAUUUGGUGUAUGGUAGGAAAUAAAAAUUGAUAAUGA